UAGAAGCAUUGAGUAAAUAGUUUUUGAGGAAUUGCGUGAAUAGUUCUGCGCAGUUGUUUUUUGCAUUUCGUGCAGUCAAGUUAUCAGUAACGAGGUGAUUUGUGCUUAGGUGAAUACAUUAAAAAUGAGUUGGGAAAACAAGCUUGAACUGGAUUUGGAUUCCAAAAAUUUUGAUAAUAAAACAAAGGAUGUUUCAGACAGUGAGGUUGUUCCGGUAAUUCCUGGUGAAAUUGAUGAACCGUCAAAUAUGAAUUAUGCUCCACCCGAUCCUCCUAGUGAGGAGUCUGAAAUUUUUUCUAGUGGUAUAUCUACUGGUAUUAAUUUCAAGCUUUAUGAUAAAAUUCCUAUUAAAACCACGGGCGAGGAUAUACCAGAAGCCAUUUCGACAUUUGCUGAUGCAGGACUUCGUGAUUUACUACUAACUAACAUUAAGAAGUCCCAUUAUGAAACUCCUACCCCAAUCCAAAAAGCAGCAAUACCUAUAAUAUUGGCAAAUCGCGAUUUAAUGGGGUGUGCUCAAACUGGUUCAGGAAAAACUGGGGCUUAUUUGCUACCAAUAAUUAAUCAUCUUCUAAUUGAGCAAAAAGAUUUAUGUAUUGGAAAACCAAUGGUGUUAAUACUGUCUCCAACUCGUGAACUGGCUAUUCAAAUAUAUACUGAAGCCCUAAAGUUUGCUUAUGGGUCAUACUUAAAAGUUGUUAUUCUCUAUGGAGGUACAAAUACUAAACACCAAAGCGAAAAGUUGUUUAAAGGAUGCCAUAUAUUGAUUUGUACACCUGGUCGUUUGUUGCAGUUUGUCAACAAAGGGUUUCUUUCAUUUGAAGAAACCUCGGUUUAUGUUCUUGAUGAAGCUGAUCGAAUGCUUGAUAUGGGCUUUAAAGAUAGUAUUGCUUCUAUAUUAAAUCAUCCUUCUACUGGUGCAAACCGACAAGUGUUAAUGUUCAGUGCAACAUUCCCAGAAGAGAUUCAAAAUCUUGCAAAAGAAUAUUUAAAAAACUAUAUUUUUAUUUCUGUUGGAAUCGUUGGAGGAGCGUGCAGCGACGUUGAUCAAAUCAUAAUUGAAGUGUCACGCUUUGACAAGCGUAAAAAACUAUUGGAAAUCCUUCGUCAGGAAAAUAUGGGUACAAUGGUUUUUGUUGAAACCAAACGUAGCGCUGAUUUUCUAGCCGCUGUGUUGUCUGAAGAAGAUAUACCUGCUACAUCUAUUCAUGGUGAUCGCUUACAAGUCCAGCGUGAAAAAGCCUUAAAUGACUUUAAGUCUGGUCGAAUGAAAGUACUUAUUGCAACAGGUGUUGCGUCAAGAGGACUAGAUAUCAAGAAUGUUGAACAUGUCAUCAAUUAUGACCUCCCUUCUGAAAUAGAUGAGUAUGUCCACCGAAUUGGACGCACGGGACGUGUUGGCAAUAAGGGAAAGGCUACAAGCUUUUUUGAUUCUGGAAAAGAUUCUCCUAUAAAAGGCGCAUUAUCAAAAAUAUUGGAUGAUGCUAAACAAGUAGUUCCGGGAUUUCUGAUGAGUUCAGGUUGCGAAGAAAUAUUUUUCGAUAAAAACCGUUCAGAUAUACGUACAAACUUCGAAGCUGAGGAGGACUGGUCUUAACUUUAUUAAACUAUAUUACAUUUGAAAUAUAUUAUUUAAUUUAAAUUAUAA